GUAAAGAACAGGCGUCAAAGGUCACUUACAAGGCGGGAAAACCCCUGACAGGAAAGUUCCGGAGAUCAGACGACAGCGCACCGCAGCCGGGGCGAGUCACGCAGGCCGCCAGUCGCCCGAGCCUUGCGCUGGAUGAGAUCCCGGCAAAUUGGGCAAAUAAAUGGUCCUCAAGGUUCGUAGCAUUCAGACUGGAAGCGUGAGCCACAUGUAUGGAGGGGUACAGGAUACCCCGAUGUCCACCUGGUGACUACUGCAUCCCGAAAGUGAAGAGGAACGGUACUGAUGGUCUGCUCACUCCAGUACGGCCAGGGUCCAGAGAGGAGCAGGAUGUGAUCAAGAUUGUCAGGAGGAGCUUUCUGAACGAAAGCUUCUCAAGCCAGUAUGCUGUCGAAAAAAUCUGUCUGGUGAACAAUGAGGAGUUGCAGAAAGAUUUCAGCAGUAAACGGCAGGAGAUGAAAGAGCAUGGAAGGGAUGUGACAGAGAGAUAUCUCUUCACUACAUCUGGUGGGACAGAUAACUUUCCAAAGGGAAAAACUGCAGUCCCAUCCCAGGGUAGAAGUGUGCUUGGUGACAGCACAAAAGGAGUCUAUCUGAAGAAAAAUGCUGACGUAUGUCUGAGGUGCCAGGCGGCUAAAUUCCAACGCAAAAGAACCAGACUGUUGAUCUACAAGGUCAUGCUAGGGCGGGUCCUUGCCGUGGCACACGACAGCAGGUCAGACCCCAACCCCAACCACGAUUGCCACGUGUCCAGGGAACCCCCCAGGCUGACAGACAAGUACUGGGAACAAUACCUGAAAACACAGGUAUACCUCUAUGAGUAUAGCGAUGAGGGACUGCCUGUGAAGAGACCACGGCAAGUUCUUCCAUAUGCAGCCUUAACCCUCAUAGACGUGACUGAGGUAGAUGAGCAAGGCAGCCAGCCGACCGUCCAUCGAAUCAUUGAGGGGUUCCCCAUGUUGGAACCUGUGGCACCCGAUCGCAGGAAAUCAGUAGAACAUGUGUGUCAGAAAACCGCAACUGCCAAUCCAUCACCAUUGUCAAGUCAGACAAAAUGUGAAGUUUGGAAGAAGAAGCGUGCAGUUCUGAAGGGCAGACAGGCACCGACUGCAGCCGUAACAAAUCCAAAAGAAGACGGCACUCACAACCAAGUACAUUCCACAUCAGGAACUAAAACAGCAACCAACAAAAGUGCAACAAAUCCAAAACAAGAUGGCGCUGGACACAAAAUACAUUCCUCAUCCAAGACUGCAACCAACCACAAAAGAGUAACACCUCCAAAGCAAAGCAAAGUAAAUUCCACAUCAAGAACUGAGAGUUCAGCCAACCACAAGAAAAAUGUGUGUCUUUCUUCAAUCAAAGAAAGGAAACACGACUCAAUGAAAACCAAGGGACACCUGUUUGUGAAGCCAGAUAGGAAGAUGUCACUCAAGGAAAAGAGAAAGAAAGUCAAAACUGCACCUGCCACCAAGGAGACACAUACCAAACAAAGUAAUGCUGUCAUGGAUAUCAUGGAUAUCAUGGAUAGGGUCAAAGACCCAAAGCUGGCUAGGAGAAGAAAGCCAGUGGACUUUAUGUAUAAUCAAAGUUCAGCAGAUGUGUCUCCAAAAGCUGCCUCCUUGGAGAAGAAGAAGAGUAACGAUAGUAGGAACAAGCAAAAGGAAGGACUGUUUCUAAAACAGCCAUCAGAAGUUGAUGACAUUAAAAUGAGAUCAGCGGUAGUGGUACUGGAGCAUAUUGAUCAUCAUUCUGUUGUCUGUAAUGGGUCACGUAACUCACCUGUUGGGGAAAGGAGAAAAAGCACAAGUUCAGAAAGCAGUGGGGUGUCUGAGGAGUUCCUGACCCUGGACAUCUGGACUGGAAGUGGAGAUGAAGAAGACAGCAUGAAAAGCACAAGCCAUUCUCCUGAAACUAGCCAGGACAGCUGGACUGGGAAUGCAAAUGAAGUAGACAACAACCCUACAGAAAUUAGUGCUGCUGAAGCCAACCUCAGAGGGUCUGGAACAAUUGACAAAGAGUCCUGCCAAUCUGCUGAUACUGCUGAAGAUAGGGAGGAAGUAUCUCUAUCUGACACACUGACUGUAAAAUCGCUUGAUGUGCUAGUGCCCAGGUUUUUCACUACAUUGGAGUCAGAAAGAGCCAGCCCUAGAGAGUCUGAGUCAAUUGACGUAGAGACCAGCCAAUGUGUUGAUACUUCUGAAGACAGGGAGGAAGUGACUGUCACACGGGCUAUGAAAUCCUUUAAUGUGCAAGCGUCUGUCCCUUUCACUAUGACAGAGUCAGAGAGAUCCAGCCCCAGAGAGCCUGGGUCAAUUGACAAAGAGUUCCACCAAUCUGCUGAUACUACCGAAGACAGGGAGGAAGUAUCUGACUCACAGGCUGAUGAAAAAUUGCCCGAUGUGCAAGUGCCUGGCCCUAUCAAUUCAGCAGAGUCAGAAAGAGCCAGCUCCAGAGAGUCUGAGUCAAUUGACGUAGAGACCAACCAAUCUGCUGAUACUUUUGAAGGCAGGGAGGAAGCUUCCAAGAGAGCUGGCCCCAGAGAGUCUGAGGCAAUUGACAAUGAGACUCACCAAUGUGGUUGUACUUAUGAAGGCAGCAAGGACGUAUCUGUCACACAGACUGUAAGAUCGCCUGAUGCACAAGUGUCUGUUCCUUUCACCACAAGAGAGUCCAAGAGAGCCGGCCCCAGAGAGUCUGAGUCAAUCGACGUAGAGACCAACCAAUCUGGUGAUACUUCUGAAGACUGGAAGAAAUUAUCUGACACACAGACAUCUGACACACACACAUCUCUUGAUGUGCUAGUAUCUGGCCCUUUCCCUACAGCAGGGUUUGACAGACCCAGUCUCAGGGAGGUCAAGGGGCCUUCCAGUACUCAUUCACUCACUCAUCCUCGCCGCAUAUCAGACUUUGCUGAGGAUGAGGAAAGCGAAGUGGACAAUGACAGUGUGCUUGACCACGGUCUGGACUUCAUUGAAGGCCUGGGAAGGUCUCUGGACUUGGUGGACAUUCGAUCACUCAAUGGGGAGGAUGGUUCAAGUGAUGAGACAGAACAAGAGAUGGAUUCCCUUCCUGAACAGGAAGAUGACAUGCAAGAGUUGCCCCAUGAUCAGGAGGUUGAUAUCUGCACAAGUCCAGCAGUUUCUGCUGAUGUGGACAAUGUAACUGAACAUGAUGGUAUGGAUGAUUGUUCAGCAAUGCGCGAGUUCACCAGCAAGGAAGAGAAAAAUGCUGGAAGUUGUAGAGAUGUCCCCCAGGUGGAUACUGCAAACAGAGAUGUUGCAUUAGGUGAGAAUUGUGACUCUACUUCAAAAGAGGGAAUUGACUUCACCAUGCAGGUGGAAGAAGUCUGGGGAGGUUCCUCUAUAUCUUACUGUGCAUUGGACAUUGAUGUCUUCUCCUUGGAUGCAGAACUACCUGAGCAGCUUGUGGGUGAAUUAAGUUUUCUCCAACAAGAUGACAAUUAUGAGCAGCCAGCAAUAGAUUACACUUUACCCUUUACCAGUCAAGAGUCUCACAGAGGUGGAGAUGAGCUCAGGGAAGAAGCUGGAGAGCUAGAGGUUAAGGUUAAAGGAAAAGAUGUAGAUUCAGAGGAUGCAACUGUGUCCAACUGUGAUCCUGCAGCUACAACAGACUCAAGGCAGCUAUCAGUAGGUGAAAAGGAUGACCUGUUACUCUCACAGGAUGCAGAUUCCUCUUUGGCACGAUCUCCAUCAGGCUCAGAAGAUAGUGUGGAGAGACAAGACCAUCCAGAAGAAAAAUGCAAAGAUGAGGACCAUAAGUGUAAUGAAAAAACUAUUUCAGUAAAGGAGGAACCUAUGGAAUUCUCAAUUGAUUCCAAGUUGUUAAAUGUGAAGAAAGAAGAGAAGCAACUCAAACUGAAGUUGGAACAGGACCAUACAGAGGAAAAAUACAAAGACAAGGAAGAUACCAGCAAUGAGGAGAUUUCAGUAAAGAUGGAACACAUGGAAUACUCAGUGGAUUCCAAGCUGUUGAAACUGAAAGAAGAAGAGAAGCAACUCAAACUAAAGUUAGAACAACUGCAGGAUGAACGGAAAAGGUUUGAAGCUGAAACUGGGAAGGCCUCUGUAGAAUUUUCCAAACAUAAAUCCUCUCAUAAUGUUGACUCUGAAUCUGACUGCCCUGUCUCCUACUCUGACCAAGGUACAGAUAUGAUUGGAGAAGGGAGGAAAGGUCAAAGUGCUCAGCAAGAUGUGAGGGAAAGCAACAAAGCAGUCAGUGCAGAAUGUAUGAAAGAAGAGGGGGAGGAAAAGCCACCUGAUACCAAAGGGGUGCCGUUUAGUGAGCCAGUUGAUAAUCCAGUAUGUACAAGUACAUCCUCAACUUCAAGGGAUUCUGUGUCAAGUGACCAGUCUGCUGUGAACCAGCAAAGUAUGUCAGUGUCAGAGGGUGUGCCCAAAACCGAUGAUACUGGAGAAACAUUGAAUUCUCCUGAUCACAAGAAUGAAGAGAAAGUGUCAAAUGAAGAUGCCACCAGCAACUCAUCCAAACGAGAUCACAAUCUCAACAUUGUCACCAUAGUUCCCACUGCUGGUGAGAAUGUUGAAACUGGGAAGUGUAGCACUCCAAAGGACGAAAGUAAAUUUCCUGCUGAGGGAAAAAUAAGCCUUACUGACCGCCUAAGGCAGGUGAGGUGUCCUGAGCUGUCUUUGCCACUUGAUACAAUGCAAACUCCUGAUGAAAUGUUACCAACUGUCAAAGAAAAGUCUCCUCUGAUUCAGCCUGACGCAGCAGCCUCUUCAUCCAAGGAUGGAACAAAGGUCUAUAGAUUGGUCGACGUAUGUCAAAACCCCACUAACAAAAUUUUGACCAAGAUGGGACUGAAAAAGCUGGAUCGAAAAGUCAGCAAGGAGCAAUGGAAAGAAAAAAGGCAGUUCUUUAAAGCAGUUGCACAAUCACAGAAGCCAGACACAAAGUCAGUGGGACAAGCUUUGUACAACAGCAGACAAGUGCACCAGUCCAGUAUAGACCAGAAACAGACUGAAGGCAAGGUCAAGAGCUGUGCAGUAAACAUACAGGAUAGAAAAUCUGGUAACAAUGGGGAAACAUGCAGUUCUGAAAAGCCUGCUUCUGAUUCAUCAAAUGUGGAGAGCUUGCUGAUACAGGAUGCAGAGGUUCAAAGGCAAUGGGACAACUGGAGAAGGCAAAACAAAAAGAAGAGCAAAAGGUGGAAGGAGAGUAAGAAGCUUGAGAGAAAGCUGAAGCACCAAAGCAGAAGUGCACACCCCUUUAUAUGCAAAAGCAGGACUUGGAAAAACAGACAUCCAAACUCACGUACUGUUGAAAAUAAGGUGAAACCAAGGGAGGACAGGCAGAAAAUGUUGGCCAGAGGUGAAAACAGAACACAGCAUCCUCCACAGAAAGUAUUGGAAAGAAAAGAACCCAACUAUUCCACAGAAAGGACUGGGCAUGGUCAGAAGAGGAAGUCAGAUGCGAGUGUAUCCCCUGACCAUUUGGGAAGCAAGCUAAAAAGGCGAAGACACGAGAUAAAGUCUACUCUAACCAAAAGAGAAAAAGUAGCUGCAACGAAUGUGAAAACCUGCGGAGAGCCUGCAAAGACAAAACAAAGAGUUAACAAGGAUAGCUCUUCUGCUUCUAGUUCUACACAGAAGGACAAGAAAACAGACACAACUGCAAAUGCCAAAGGGAGGUCUUCAGUGUGCAAGGUGCAGAACAGCAAAAGUUCUACUUCUACUGUGUCUAGUUCUCGACCCAUGUCCCAAGCUAGAGUCUUCAAUGGCAAGGUGCAUGUAUCACAGGUACGGAGUGGAGAAAGCAACAUUGGAGCCACUCAACUCAGAGCAGAGGUCUCUAAUGACAAAAAGUCAGAAGAGGAGACUGAGCAAGUCAAGGCUGGAAUGUCUCAGCUUAGAGCAGAAGUUAAAAAGGGCAUGGUGUUAGAGUCACAAAAAGAAACUGGGCAAGUCCAAGACAGCAGCGUUUGUCCAACAUCCAGUGCCAAGGCAGAGUCCACGAAACGGGAAAAAGUAGCUUCAGCAAAAGUAAAAACCCAUGGAGAGCCUGCAAAGACAGAGCUAAGAGUUAACAAGGAUACUUGUAGCUCUUCAGCUUCUGCACAGAAGGACAACAAAACAGACACAACUUCCAGAACCAAUGGGAGGUCUUCAGUGUUGAAUGUGCAGGGCAGCGGAAGUUCUAUGUUGCCUAGUUCCCGACCUAUGCCCAGUACCCAAGCAAGAGACGUCAAUGGCAAGGUAGAGGUCUCUAGUGAUAAAAAGUCACAAGAGGAAACUGUGCAAGUCAAGACUGGCAUCUCUCAGUCUAGAGCAGAAGUUAAAAAGGACAAGGUGUCAGAGUCACAAAAAGAGACUGGGCAAGUCCAAGACAGCAGCAUUUGUCCAACAUCCAGUGCCAAGGCAGAGCUUACCAAACGGGAAAAAGUAGCUUCAACAAAAGUGAAAACCCAUGGAGAGCCUGCAAAGACAGAGCUAAGAGUUAACAAGGAUAGAUCCUCUGCUUCUGGACAGAAUGCACAGGAGGACAACAAAACAGACACAACUGCAAAUGCCAAAGGGAGGUCUUUAGUGUGCAAGGUGCAGAACAGCAAAAGUCCUACUUCUGUCGUGUCCAGUUCUCGACCCAUGUCCAGUACGCAAGCUGACAAGGUGCCUGAAUCACAGGAACGGAGUGGGGAUGGCAAGACUGGAGCCACUCAACCAACAACAAAGGUCUCUAGUGCCAAAAAAUCACAAGAGGAGGCUGGCAGUAUUCAACCUAGAGCAGAAAUUAACAAUGACAAGAUGUCAGAGUCACAAAAAGAGACUGUGCAAGUCAAAGACGACACCAUUCGUCCAACAUCAGGUGCCAAUGAAGAGCUCUUCACAGGCAAAUCGUCACCAGAAGGGACAGAGGAAGUCAAGACUAGUUCUGUCAUCCUCAAGCAGCUCUAUAGAGAAAUGCAGGUAAAACUGAAGGAUGUCACAACCGCUGCAGAGCGAGAGAGUAUCCUCUUGGCCAUGAAAGUGCUCAAGGAGUCAGGAGGGCCUGAAAUGAAGGAUGUUAAAUCUGAAGAUAGUACAGAGUGCACUACUUGUGAAGCAGAACCAUCACAAGAAGCUUUGUGUACAACUGAUAUUGGAGAACAAUGUACAAUACAGCACGGUGAUGACCUGAGCAAAGAGACAUCAGCCCUAUCCAAGGACUUUAUUCAGACAGAUUCUGAACCACCUGAAGAAGGUGCUGGAUUGCAUCAAGCUUUAUGUAUAACUGGUUUUCAAGAACAAUGUACAAUGCAUGAUGGUAAUGAUCUGAGGAAAGAGGAGACAUCAACCCUAUCCAAGGAGUCUAUUCAGACAGAUUCUGAGCCACCUGAAGAAGCUGCUGGAUUGCAUCAAGCUUUGUGUAUACAUGUAACUGGUUUUCAAGAACAAUGUACAAUGCAUGAUGGUAAUGAUCUGAGCAAAGAUGAGACAUCAGCUCUAUCAAAGAGGUCUGUCCAGCCAGAUUCUUCUCUCCAGAGUUCUGAAGCCCAUUACGCAACAGUUCCAACAGCUGUCCAUGGAUCUCAAAGCACUGAACAUGGAAAAGAUGACUGUGACCCUGUAGAUACGGAUACUUCUGUUGAGGACAAUGUCAGCAAACCUUGUCAGGAUGACUAUGAGUCUGUGGACAUGGACAUCUCGGAAGAAAAUCAGCCAGAGGAGAUUAGCACCCCAGUAAUUACAGAAGAUUUAUCAAACCCGCACCAACAGGAUAACUAUCUGUUGGUGGACAUGGAUACCAGCACAGAAGAGACGAAACCUCAUGCAGAGGACAACUACACAUUGAUUGACAUGGAUACCAGUAUGGAAGGGGUCCAAGAAGUUCCAGAGUCACCAGAAAAGCUUCAAGAAGGUGUGCCUUAUAGCCCCACAUGGAAUGGCUUUUCUGACGAUCAUCAGGAGGAGUUAAAAAGAACAUUGGAGGUGAGACUGGAUGCUACUCUUCUAUUUCAGCCAAUUGGAUGCAAGAGUAGUGAUCGUUCCGAGUUGGAAAAAGCAGCACAGAGAGAGACUCCCCCAAUAGACGAGACAGCGUCAUUCCUGUUGAGUAAGCCCCCAAUUUCAACAAAGAUGCUGCUGCAGGGUGCUGAGACUCCACUACUGGAGACACAAGGUAUAGAGACACCAUUGGCAGAGACGCCACUAGACACACCAUUGGCAGAGAUGCAGACGCCACUGGCGGAGGAACAGAGUGUGGAGACGCCACUGAUGGAAACGGAGAAUGAUGAUCACCAUCAGGAGGAGCUGAUGAAAACAGUGGCGGCAAGAUCGGAUGCUAAUGUAUUUCAGCCAAUUGGAUGCAGGGGUGAUGAUCUUUCUGAGUCAGAAAAAGGAGCAGACAGGAAGACUCCCCCUAUUGAUGAGACAGCAUCAUUUCUGAGUAAGCCCCCAGACUUCCUUGUGGAGUCGAUCAGCGACCCUCAUCUGUCGAUCAAAGCUCUGUUAUCUCCACCUUCAAACAGACACGCUUCUGUCUCUCAGCCAACAAUUAUGGGAACAGAUGGACAUCUGACGACAUUGUCUCUAAAGAUACCAUCCCCUGGGAAUUCCCCUCACUCACUUGAAAGCCAACAUGCAACAACAAUGGAGAAAAAAUCACUCAACAGUCCUCCUGUGUUUCAUGAACACAAGCUCAUUCGACCAAAGCGACUGCCAUCUGGGAAAGAUGUGUACUUCAAACCCAUCAACAUACCUCUUGAAUGCAAAGGAAUUCUCAAAGAUCCACGAACAAAGGCAAACUCAGUCAACACCAUUGAUUUAGAAGCCCUCCAUUGGAAGAGCUAUCCCAGUCCAGCUAAGAGGCUGAGACGUAAAUCUGCACCCCAAACACUUCCAGCUUCAACUCCCCUUACGUCACCCAACACAGGUCUUCCCACUCAUCCUCCAGCGUCUAACGAUGUCAGGGAUGUGGAAUCUACUGCACUACUUGUACAAACAGUUGGUCAACAACUGAUAAGGUCUCUGCAGAACUCUUUGACUUUGAGGAAUCAGUCAGGUGCACUUCAACCACAGUUCCCUCCAGCUGUGACGUCCAAUCCUAAUUACCAAGAUCUCAGGUCAAGAAAUGUCACAUGCAUUUCGAGCAAUGUCUGUAGGGAUCCAAGGAUCCGGAAGAGGCGGCAAUCUGAGCCCAACAACAUCAGAAGCAGUGGAGAUGAAUCAACAAUAGUGGAAGUGAGAAGCAAGAUCCUACAAGAUCUUAGGGAUCAACUAAGUAAACUCAACAAGAGGUGCGGCGCCCCCUUGGAGAAUGGUUGUGAAGAGCAAGAGCAGCCUGAUGGUGAGACAAAAGAGCAUGGGGUUGAACAAACAGCAUCCUUCAGCUCAUUUAGCAGCUGCAGCACCAUGUCAGUCAGUGAAAAAUGUGGAAGACUAACUGGCGGCAGUGGUGAUAGCAGUGAGUCAGCUCAAUCAAAGGUCCAUGAUGCAGACAUAUCAGGCAAGUCACCGGACAUACCAGCUUGUGGCAACAUGAAUGCUGAGGGUGAACAACUUAACACCAAAGCUAAGGAUAGUGACCAACAUGCUGAUGCUGCACUGAAAGAAGGAGAGAUUGUCUCGAAGGAGGAAGCCAAGGGUCUCAGUCGAAAAGAAAAGAAGAGAAUGAGAAUGAAAAUGAGAAAGAGAAAGAAAGAACGAGAAAAAGACAUCUCUUCAAAGAGGCAAAAAUAUGAUGAUCCAAAACCCUGUCCAGCAAUGGUAAAGGGCUCAUCUUGUACAUCAUCUGGUGACUUGCAAUCUAGAGGCCUUCCAUCAAAGCCCUACCUCUACAGCUCUCCUAAGCAUUCAGAAUCUUCAGAUAAAACAUCUUGUCGAGCAGAACCUAGUGCAUGUGACUGUUCCAGUGCUGUGGAAGACAAGAUAAGUUCAAUACACACAACUCAAGGUGAGGAUGGCAGUGAAGAUGCUGAAACAUUGGCUGAAGAGCUCAGUAACCAACAAGAAGACAGAAAGAAAUAUGGGGAACCUAGGAGUAAUGAACAUGGCACUGUAGAACAACCGAUUCCAGCUAGAUGUGGCGAACCGUCUCCAACUAAUGAUAUCAAUGCCUUGGAAGAAGGCAAUAUGUUGGAUGAUGCCCACAUGGGACAGAAUAAUGAGUUGAAUGUCCAACAAGAUACAGGUGCAGUGUCAGAGCAAAGUGCCACUGGUAGUCAUGCUGCAAGCAUGGUACCAGACUGUCCAUCUUUGAACUUCAGAGCUGACCCUUUGCUUACAACAAGGGAAAGAGAGGGCCAAGGCCUUAAUCAAAAUGAGACUCUUAUUUACCACCAGCAGAGGCUUGAAGAACUAGUUAAACAGCACAAUACCCUGUCAUCCAUGGCACGUAGAAAUGACUCCAGUACCUUGAAAGACCGUCUGAAUUCUUUAGAGAGGAAGAUGCUUGAAGAAAAGGUCUGCAUCUACAGCUUGAGAUGUCUGUAUGUUUUUCAGAAAAGGAGGAAUAUUGACAAAAUCUGUGAGCAGGCUUCAUUUGUAGAACAAAAGAUUUUAUUCUGGAGAAAGAAGUUAGGAAAGAUGAAGAAAAGGUCAGAGAAGCUGUCCUCUCCUGAACCUGAAAUAGCUCCGUUGGAGAGAAAGUUGGAAGACCUGUAUGAGCAAAGAACAGAAUUGUUAAUGAGUUGGCACAGAGAACGUCUCUUCAAGAUUGAAAAAAUGUCUGCACAAGCUCUGAAGAAUACCCUGGACCAUCUCAUCAUCAUCCAGCGGGACUGGGAAAGGAAAGACAACAACCAGCUCAUGAUGAUCCAUCUCAAGAAAGUCAUCAAGAAGGCUAAGAUUGCCCUCAAGCUGAAGGAGGAAGAUGCUGGAAACUCAAGACCAGGCAUGCCUUGUCAUGAUGGGAGCUGUGAUCUAGAGAAAGGUCCUUCUAGUCAGGCAGAAACUGUCCAAGAGAGAGAGGGUGGUGCCUUGGUUUCCAGCUGUACUUUGCAAACUCAGGGGGCAAAAGAAAAUGAAACAAAUCCUUCACCAGGCUUAAGUCUCUCCAGUAUAGGUCCUGGUACCAGUGAUUGCAUGAUGUCGAAUGCACCAUGUGGAGAUGAGAAAGAGAAUCCACCAUCCCUGGAAGACGGUGUUGCCAAAGAGUCACAGUUUGCUGCUGAUGGACCUAGACCCAAUUGCCAUACUCCUGACAGCCUGGAGGUGCAGAAGAGUUGUGCUACUUCUGAUGAUGAGGCUCUCAUGGACAGCACACCGAUGACACCAGCAACACCAGUUUGCGAUGAGCCACAAGAAACAGUCAAGUCGUUAAAUAUCCAACAAGAUACAAGUGCAGUGUCAGAGCAAAGUGAAAAUGGAGGCUUAGCCAAUCCCUCAGAAACUGACAGUCAGCAUGCAAGUAUGAUGCCAGACUGUCCAUCUUUGAACUUCAGAGCUGACCCUUUGCUUACGACAAGGGAAAGAGAGGGCCAGUGCCUAAAUCAAAAAGAGCUCAUUGUUUACUAUCAGCAGAGGCUUGUAGAACUUAACAAACAGCAGGAUACUCUGUCCUCCAUUGCACCUAACAUUGACUCUGGUACUUUGAAAGAUAGUAUGAAUUCUUUAGAGAAGGAGAUGCUGGAAGCAAAAGUCAUCAUCUACAGCAUGAGAUGUCUAUAUAUCUUUGAGAGAAGGAGGGGCCAUGUUUACAAAUAUCUCUCCAAUAAGGCUUCAUCUGUAGAAAAAAAGAUUCAACAAUUGAAAACAAGGUUAAGACUAAGAGAGAUUGAGAAAAGGUCAAGAAAGUUGCCUUCUCCUGAACCUGAAACAAUUCAGAUGGAGAGAGAGUUGGAAGACCUGUAUGAGCAAAGAACAGAAGCGUUCACGAGUUUUUUCAGAGAACGUGCCUUUGGGAUUGACACAAUGUCUGCACAAGCUCUGAAGAAUACCCUGAACCAUCUCCUAACCAUUCAGCAAGACUGGGAAGAGAAAAACACCAAUCAGCUUAUCAUGACCCUUCUUGAGAAAGUCAUCAAGAAAGCUGAGAUUGCCCUCGAGCUGAAGGAGGAAGAUGCUGGAAACUGGAGACCAGACACACCUUGUCAGGAUGAAAGCUGUGAUCCAGAACAAGGUCCUUCUAGUCAAGCAGAAACUGCUCCAAUUGAAGAUAGCGGUGCAACGGUUCCCAUCUGUGCUUUGCAAGCUCAGCAGGGGGCAAAAGAAAAUGAAACAAAUCUUUCAUCAGGCGCAAGUCCCUCCAGAAUUGAUACUGAUACCAGUGAUUGCACGGUGACGAGUACACCAUGUAGAGAUGAGAAAGAGAAUCCACCAUCCCUGGAAGACGGUGUCUCCAAAGAGUCACAGUUUGCUGCUGAUGGACCGAGACCAAACUGCCGUACUCCUGACAGCCUGGAGGUGCAGAAGGCCAGUGCUACUUCUGAUGAUGAGGCUCUCAUGGACAGCACACCAACGACACCAGGAACACCAGUUUGUGAUGAGCCACAAGAACCAGUCACAUGGGAUGGGAAGUUCUAUGCUGUUAUCCUACCAACCCAACCUGAGGUGGUGGAGGAACCACAGGCAAAAGUUACUUCAAUCCAGAGUGAACAUGGUUCCAGUGACAGCAAAAGCUCCAAGCCAGACGAUUGUGAUACUGAUGCAGAGUCGACUGCCCCACCACCACAACUAGAGACUCAUGUACCAAAACAGCAGGAAGCUCAAGUUGAAACUGAUGAGGAAACAAGUAGUGCUGCUCCAGAGGUCAACACAACCAACGAGUCAUCACCUACAGCAGAGGAAGGGACAGAGGAAGAGGGAAGAAGAUCAGAAGACUGGAACUCAAGUGUCUCGUCUGAGGAACAGAGAACAAACGAUACAAGGAGGAGAAGGACGUCUUUCAGACAGUGGAGACGGGCAGAAAGAUGGAAAGCAAGAAUGGAGGAACAAAGUAAUUACCAAGGUAACCAGGGCAGCUUCAUCAAUAGAUUUCAUUGCAACCAAGCUGGUGGACAGUACAACCAAGCUAAUAUGCUGAGCAGACAAGCCAACUCCAUGUGCAACCAAGCUAAUAUGCAGAGCAGACAAGCCAACUCAAUGUGCAAUCAAGCUAAUAUGCUGGGCAGACAAGGCAACUCAAUGUGCAACCAGCAAAACUGGGACAGUAGGACAUGUGUAAGAACUGGCAACACAUACCAGCAAUGCACCAAUCAAGCUAUGAACAUCCCAUCUCUUUGUCAGGUUGGGCGCUUCGGCAACAACAUCCCAUCUCUUUGUCAGCUUGGGCGCUUGGGCAACAACAUGCCCUGGUCACGUCGUGGUGAUAUGUGUAAUAACAUGUCAGAUAGGAUGGACAUGAGACGCCAGUAUAUUACCAACAGAAACCAGCAGUGGAAUAUGUGCCAGUCAAACUUUCAACGGGGGUAUAACAAUCAAAGAUAUUGAUCCUUCAACUGUUGAGACUCACUAAGUCCUGGAGAAUAAUGCAAUACCCAACAGCAAAUAUCGCAGUUGGACUGCCAAACAGCAUUAUUCAGUACAAACCCAGGCCUUCUGUUGUAGAACAUGUUGCAGGGCGAUCAUUCAUAGGGCAGCUACUCGUUCGUAGAUGCCACAUUGCCUGUGUUGUAAAUUUAGUGGAGAAGGAGGCAUGGUUCUAUACUGAAGCGACUAAGAACAAACUGUUGCACAAAAAUGUACAUAGACCAAGAGGUAACAUAUAGCCAGUCUGUAUCUAGUGUAAAUUUUGUACUGUUUCUGGCAAGCAGUCAAAGUUCAUUGUUAAAAGUUGUUAACUAUUAAAGAGUAAAAUGUAGCUAAACCUGUGGAGUGACUGGCUGGUAGAAGCCGAGUAGUUGCUUCUUCAGUUUUUUCUUGGCAGAUCAAAGCAGAGGAAGUAAUACGCAAUGAACAUUUUCACAAAGUGUUUGAUAUGCAAAGGUCUUGAGUAUGUAAUGAACAUUUCCAUACGUUCAGUACUUGGGGUUAAAAUCUCCUAUGCAAUAAGUUAGUGUGGUUGGGACCUACUCCCAGCACCAACUAUUUAAAGGGAGAGUCUGGCCAGUACUUUUACUAAGUUCUGAGUGUAACAUUCCUCAGUGACUUGCUCUGGAUUCUGAAUGUAUGUUGUAGCCAAAAUGUUCAGAUAUAUGAAGUCCGUCGACAUAUUAAUUUUUUUAGUUCACCUACAGAAUGCAAUUCAUUUCUUUACAUUGUGAAAUGAAGGUUCAGUGUUAUAUGAUUAGUAGUCAGGAUUAUUUUUGUUUGUUUGGUUAGUUUGUUAUGUGUACUUUGUUUUGAAACCUGAUGUUAUAGUGGUCAGUAUUGUAUGAAGCAUUGAGUCACUUAAGUUUGAAAGGUUGCAGCUUAUGUGAUUAUGAAUACUGUUUUCUUUUACUUUCAAACAGUGUUUGAUAAAUUGUGCCAGUAUAGGACUUUGAAGGAUGCCAGUGUUUUCAGUUUCCAGGAUGUCCAGUGGUCAUGGCCACUGCAAGAGGACACAUUGAUUUAUAGAUUGUUAGCUUGCAGGACAUCAAGUAAAAAUUGUCUUCUUUUGUUUUGUUUUACUGUAAAAUUUAUAGUGUGCCAGUACAAGUCUCUGGAACAAAAGGUUUAAAUAUGUUCUAUUUUCCUAUGUAAAGCCAAGAGAAGCCACUUGGCUGAUAUAGAUGUGAAAGAGUUUGUCAUUGAAAGUUUUACUUUUUGAAUAAAAGCCAUCAAAAAUAA